AUGAAAUAUCUUCGAUUUCCAAGAGUCUUACACGAUGGAGAAAUACAUUCUAUUGACAUAAACAAGGAUGGCUCAAAACUAAUAACUAGUGGUAAAGAUAAAUCAGUUCUACUUUGGGACUACGCAGACUUUGAAAACUUGUACAUAGGGCUAACUAGUGGAACUGAUCACUCCCUGGAAAGCUUCGACAUAGCACCAAUCCACAGGUUUGAGCAUCACCUGAGUCUUGUAAAAAUAGUAAGGUGGUCUCCAGAGAAUAAUAAUCUUUUUGCUUCUGCAGAUGUAGAUGGGCAUAUUUAUCUUGUUGAUACAAUGACGAACUCCAUUGACCAGAUUUUUCCAAACGGAAACAAUUCAGACGAGAGAGAAUUGUCUAUAGUGGACUUAAGUUGGUCCAAUGACGGAAGACUAAUAGCAUGGAGUGAUACAAAAGGAAACAUAAAUUUGUAUGAUACAUUGAAAAAGACCUGCCAGGAAUUGACAAAGUUAUCAAAUCUAGAGAAACAAGUCAUACAGAGGAGUCUCGCAUUUGACCCCACAAACAACUAUCUAACAUCGCUUGGUGAUGAUACAAUCAUAUAUAUAUAUCAAUAUCAUUAUGAAUCAUCUUCGAACAAUUAUCAAUUCAAGUUAAUUAGUAAAAUUUCAAAGUUAAUUAAUAAGAAUUUACUUAAUGUGCAAUAUAAGAGAAUAUCUUGGUCUGCGGAUGGUGAAUUUGUCUCUGUUCCAACUGCCAGCAAGAAUACAACUUCACUAGUGUCAUUGAUUUCCAGGUCUAAGAACUGGCAGAGUAAAAUUAGUCUUGUUGGACAUAACUAUAAUUGUGAAGUGGUUAGAUUCAAUCCGAAAAUAUUCCAAGAAGAUUCUGAUGGCCAUCAGAUCUUCCACGUAAUCGCCACAGCGGGGUCUGAUAAGACAGUGGUCAUUUGGAAUACUUCUAAGGACUCGCCUAUUCUAAUCUUACAAGACGUUGCUGCGAAACCUAUUGUUGAUUUGAGUUGGAGCAGAAAUGGAAAAAUUCUUUUUUCGGUGGCUUUGGAUGGCUACUUGUCCAUAUACUUUUUUGAAGGAGGAGACUUAGGGGAGGUAAUAAGUGAAAAGCUUUUGGCAGAACUAACUGAUUUCAAAAAUGUUUAUGUAAAGCCUUUUAACGUUAAGAAUGAAAAAGAUCAGCAGAAUAAUAGCGGGAAGAAAGUUGCGUCUUCUAGCUUAGAAAUUUUGGAUCAAAAGGAUAUCCUUGAUCUGCCAACUGAAAAUGCAUCAUCCAACAAUAGAGAUAAAGACAAUGAAAACAGUGAAAAAAAAAUGGAUAGCACUCAUGAUGGCGUAAAUCAAAAAAUCACCAAGGGAGAUGUAGAGCCUGGUAUCAUACCUUUUUCAAUCGGGGAACCUGUCAUGACAGAGAAAGAUGUCCUCCUGUCGGCAAUGAGUAGUCGUCAAGCGAAAGCUAGCCCGAAGAAACCUAAGCAAGAACCUAAAGCUUUGACGUUAGAGAGGCCUAAAAUAACGAAAGACAAGAAAAAACGAGUACAGCCAACUUUGAUAUCUAACAAUAAUCCCAACAGAUCUGAAUUUAAUGAUCUGUCGUCUAAUACCAAAUCAAAGGUAAUUUCUUCAUCCAAAACAAGCAUGGAAUUUGAUAAACCAUCUUAUUCCGUUUCUGAAGAUAUCUCAAAACAAAGCAAGAGAUCAAAGUCAGGAGAUGAAUUACAGAGUAACAAGAAGAUGAAGCGUGAGUUAGAACCUGUUAAAUUCAUAGGGUCUGUCAUAUUAAACCCAAACACCACUUUCGCAAGAGUCAGACUUUCUAUUCCCAAAGUACGAUUAAAUUUCCAACUUUCGAAUACUGAGAGUGCAGAUCCAUUUAUACUUGAUAUUAGAAAUGGUACUGGGAAUGAAACUACGCCAUCUCGAGUAUCGUGCAGUAAGAACGAAAAGUUGAUUUGGAGUGACUUUGUUCCAAAGUUCAUUCAGUUAGCAACAGUAGGCUCAAAUUUUUGGGCGACUUGCACAGCUGAUGGCCAGAUAAUAAUAUAUUCUCAAAUCUCAGGGAGAAGAUUACUUCCUCCUUUUAUUUUGGGCUCGCCUUUAUCAUUUCUAGAAAGUAACAAACAAUACUUAUUGGCAGUCACUUGUGUCGGAGAGUUAUUCGUUUGGAAUAUUGAUGAAAAGAGAAUUGAAUUGAAUUGUUCCUUUAGUCCUCUAUUGGAACUUAGUAUUAAAUCUCAAAGCGAUGGUUUAUCAAAAUCUGACAAUAUAACAAUGUGUUCCAUUACAUCCAAUGGAAUACCUUUGGUAACUUUAUCGAAUGGCUCUGGGUAUUUAUUCAAUAAGGAAUUGUGUACGUGGCAGACUAUCACAGAAUCCUGGUGGGCUUUUGGGUCUCACUAUUGGGAUUCGAACGAAGAUAGUUCUACCAAACCUCAAUUUGAUGGGAAUUCCAACUCUGAUUCGUCAAUUAUUGGAUUGCUAGAGCAAAAAACCAAUGAUGAAAUCUUGAGAAAAUCAAGAACGGGAAGAGGCAAGUAUUUUAACAAAAUUUCGAAGAACAUGAUCAUGAAAGAAGGAUUCGAAAACUUGGAAAACACAAUAUCACUAAGUCACCUAGAGAACAGAAUAUUAUGUUGUGAGAUUUUGGAAGAAAAUAGCGACUUCAAAAGGUUCUUUAUUACAUAUGUUCAGCGAAUUUGUGAGUUGGGUCUUAAGGCGAAGUUGUAUGAAGUCUGUGACCAACUUCUCGGACCAGUUGGCAAUAACGAAGAUGUACAAAACACUAACAAGAGUUCUAAGAUAUGUGGGCAUGACAAGCAUGAACUCUUGAGAGAAGUGAUCCUAUCGUGUGCUAGUAACAGGAAUUCGCAAAGAGUUUUAAUCCAUUUUGGUAGAAAAGUUGGUCUAAUCGAUGUAGGUGAUCUAAAUAGUUUAUAG